AGAUAAAAAUCGAUGCUAAAAAGGUGAACAAUGACAAUAUAAAUUUAUUUAAUUGUUAAUGUACCUAAAAGUAAUUAUUACCUAUAUAAAAAAAACUUUUGUAUUAAAAAAUAAAUUUUUGUAUUAUUAUACAUAAUAAAAAUUAUAUUUUAAAUUUGGAAACAGAAAAAUAAAACUUGGAAUAAUUAUAACAAUAAACAGAUAAAAGACAAUGGCUGCAAUUGGAAUUGAUUUGGGUACUACAUACUCUUGUGUGGCAAUGUGGCAAGGUGGUCAAGUACACAUCAUUCCUGAUGAUCAAGGCAACAGAACAAUACCAUCUUAUGUGUCAUUCAAAGGUAACAAUUGUCUAGUUGGUGAUGUGGCAAAAAAACAAGUUGUUGUGAAUCCCUGUAACACUGUAUUUGAUGCCAAAAGAUUAAUUGGAAGAAAAUUUAAUGAACUACAAGUCCAAGAAGACAUCAAACACUGGCCUUUUCAAGUGGCUGAUGGAGCUGAUGGUAAACCAAAAAUUGUUGUACAAUAUUUCAAUGAAUUAAGGGAAUUUUAUCCAGAGCAAAUAAGCUCAAUGAUUCUUAGUGAAUUAAAAGAAUCAUCUGAAAAAUUUAUUGGUGAAAAAAUCGUUAAUGCUGUUAUAACUGUGCCAGCUUAUUUUAAUGAUGCCCAACGUAAAGCUACGAUUGAUGCUGGAAAAAUUGCUGGUUUAAAUGUGUUGAGAAUAAUAAAUGAACCAACUGCUGCUGCAUUAGCAUAUGGUCUUUAUAAAAAACUUGAUGGUGAAAAAACUGUGAUGAUAUAUGAUCUUGGUGGUGGUACAACUGAUGUGACAAUUUUAACAAUUGGCAAAGGACCAACAUUUGAUGUCAAAUCAACAUCUGGUGACUUACAUCUCGGUGGGGAAGAUUUUGAUUUAAAAUUAGUUGAUUAUUUAUGCCAAGAAUUUGAAAAAGAGAAUGGAAAAAAUCCAAAAAAUGACAAAAAAAGCUUAAGAAAAUUGCGAGUUGCAGCUGUUAAUGCUAAACAAGAAUUAUCAUCAUCAACUGAAUCGACUGUCAUGAUUGAUGCAUUAAUGGAUGGUAUUGAUUUUAAUAUUGAUGUUUCAAGGGCUCAAUUUGAAAAUAUAUGUUUUGGAUUGUUUAAAGAUGCUCUUAAACCUGUAGAAAGAGCAUUGGCUGAUGCUAAAAUUGAUAAAAUGACAAUUGAUGAUGUUGUACUUGUUGGAGGCUCGACAAAAAUUCCAAAAAUUCGAUCAAUUUUACAAAAUUUUUUUUGUGGUAAAGAGUUGAAUAUGACUAUAAAUGCUCAUGAAGCUAUUGCAUAUGGUGCUGCUGUUCAAGCUGCUAUGCUGACUAAUGAAAAAAAUGAAUCACUAGUACUUCAAGGUGUUCAACUUUUUGAUGUUACACCGUUAUCAUUGGGUACCAGCUGUGGGUUCGAUCAUCAAAUGUCUACUAUUAUUAACAGAAACACAAAAAUUCCAUGCAAACGAAGUUUAACUUAUUAUACGUUACAUGAUAAUCAAAAAAAGGUGGCUAUUGAUGUUUUUGAAGGAGAAAACCCAAUUACUAUAGAUAAUAAUUUUCUCGGAAAGUUUAUAUUAAGUGGUCUUACGCCAGCUCCUGCCGGCAAAGCUAAAUUUGAAGUGACGUUUGAGCUUAAUGUUGAUGGAAUUCUUCACGUUACAGCCCGAGACGAAUAUAAUGGACGUCGAAAAUCCAUGGAAAUAUCAUACAAUGAGGGAAAAUUAUCUGAACAAGAAAUUGAAAAUAUGCUAGAAGAAGUUGGAAUAAAAAAAAAUUAUGACAAAGAAAAAGAUGAAGAAUUAUUAGCAAAACAUAAAUUAGAAACAUAUAUUCUUAAUAUCAAGUCGUCUCUUCAAGAUAGUAGUUGUGAGCUAAAUGAUGAUAAUAAAAAUGAAGCUACUAUCAUUUGUGAUGAUACUGUUGAAUGGCUAAAAGAAAAACAUAUAAAAAAAGAUUAUUUAGAUAAACUACAAGAUGUUACGACUAAACUUACUUUUAUUAUGUCCAACAAUAAGAGAAAUAUUAAUAUGAUAUAUGAUUCACCAGUCAAACAACAACCCAAGAGAAAAUAUACAAAAAAGCCAAAACUAUAACAAGAUGUAAUCUUUUUUUUUUUUAUUUUUUAUUUUUCUAAAAUUCUAAACAGUUUGUAUUUGAGUUGCAUGUUUGUUAUUUAAAUUUUGCUUAUAAUUACGAGUUUUUCUUAAAUUUAUUUUUCAUCAAAAAUGGAAAAGUUAUUAACACUGAAAAUUAUUUUUUUGAUUAUUUAAAAAUCAUUAUUAUAUUUUUAAAAAGUUUAAAAAACUUUUUCAUAUUUUUUUUUUUCAGUAUAACUUCGAAAUGAUUUUUUUUUUAAUUAAAACGUUCAAUUUAAUUUUUUUCAUUAUUUAUAUGCUAUGUGUAUUAAUGAUUAAUUUUGAUUUUAUAUUAAUGAUCAUUAACUUCAUGUAUUAAUGAUCGUAAUCAUUUUAUGUGUGGCAAUUAAUAUAAUAUAAAAACUAUAAAUCAAAA